GCAAGGGGUAAGACAGCUAGCACUGCUGAAGUUAGGAACCUACUCUAACCAGCUCCCAUGUCUUCCCUGUUAUUCUGUAAAUACUACAUAUUCUCAGCAUUUAAUGAGAUUUCAACACCCUGCUGUACUUUUUGAGAGGUUUAUCUUCCUACAUGAAAUAGAUAAGCUCUAUUACCUGCCUUGUUGAGGAUCUACAAUCUAGACAUUACUGAGAAGUUUCCAGUGAGGAUUGUCCAUAAUUUUAGAGAUAAUGAGUGAAUACAAGACAAAUGUUCUUCAACAAGGAUUAGAGGAUGUGGCUGUGGAUGACUACCAGUUUAGGAAAAUCAAGUCCUUACUAAGACAAGAACUAAAGCUAACAAAAAAGAUGCAAGAUGACUAUGACAAAAUUCAGUUGGCUGACCUGAUGGAGGACACAUUCCCAAAAGAUGCUGGACUAAACAAGCUGAUAGAAGUGUGUCAAAGAAUUAAAGAACUUGAAGGCCUUGCUAAAAGGCUUAGAACAGAGAGAGCAAAAGUAAAAGGAAAAUCCCCACUGAGAAAAAGGAAGCAAGAAGCAGGCUCUGAUACACCCACAUCGACUACCAGCAACACAGUAGCAUCUGGUGGAGGAGAGACUUCCACAGCUCAGAAAAGAAAAAGUAUUAAUAGAGAAAAGACUGGAGUGAAAAAGACCAAGAAGUCUGAGGGGCCAGAUCACUCUCCCUGUCCUGAGGAAGCCACAGCCAGAUGCCAGUCCCCAGAGCUGCAGACCUCAUCUUUGGCUUCAUUCAACACUUCUUUGGCUACAACCAAAAAAACACAGACCCAAUUUCAGAGUAUUGCCAGAGGUGCUGUUGUCCAAAAGGAUGCCAUGACAGUGAUGGUGCUCAAUGCAAUAGACCCAUUUGAAUAUGAAUCAUCAGAACACAAAGUAAAAAAAAAAAUGUUUCAUGCUACAGUGGCCACUGUGAAUGAGUAUUUCCAUGUGAAAGUUUUCAACAUCAACCUGAAAGAGAAGUUCACAAAAAAGAAUGUCAUAAUAAUCUCCAAUUACUUCAAGUUCAAAGGAAUCCUAGAGAUAAAUGAGGCUUCCUCUGUGUUUGAAGCUGGUCCUGACCAGAAGAUUGAAGUUGCCGACAGUCUUAUCAGAAAAGCAAGUAAACCUCCCCAGAUUUCUGAUUUUCACAAGUAUGGCCCUGGAGCAGUGAUUUAUGGGUUGUUUACAUUACAUAAGAAAAAAGUGAACCCAAAGAACACAAUCUAUGAAAUAAAGGAUGAUGAUAAAAAUAAUAUAGAAGUUGUAGGGAAUGGAAAAUGGUACAAUAUCAACUGUGAGGAAGGAGAUAAAUUUCGACUCUUCUGCUUUCAACUGAAAACAAUUGACAAGCAACUGAAGUUGGUGUGUGGUGAUCACAGUUUCAUUAAUGUAGGAAGUAGACUGGGAAUGGAGUUGUCAAAGUGGAAAUUGAUGCUUUCUUUAGGAUUCUGA